AUUCAUAUCAAUGUGCGUACUAACUGAACUUUGCAUUUAUUGCGUUUUGGGAGAAUAUCUUCAAUCUAAGAGUUUUCUGAUUGCUGAAUCUGUAUAUUUUAUUCCUUGGUAUGAAUUAAAAUACAGUGAAACAAAAAUUAUUAUGAUGUUUAUACAAAGAGCUCAAAAACCAAUUACUAUUACUGCCGGAAAAAUGUUUACUGUUUCGCAUUUCACUUUUAUGAAUAUUAUUAAAACCUCAGUAUCGUAUCUCUCAGUUCUACGAGCAGCAAGAGUUUAAAUGAAGAUAUUGUAAAA